GACCGUGAUUGUGAUUGUCGGAGAAUGACAUCAUCAUAUUGAAUGGGGAUUAUUAUUUUGUCGUCGGGCUAGGCAGCUAAGCCGUUUUUCACUCCCUUAUCCACAACACAUAUAAUGAACGCUCACGUCCUUGCCCGUUCCGCCAUGCGCUCCCGCGUCGCCGCCCGUCAGGUCAUGCGCUCUGAUUUGUAUCACUUUGAGAACUCCAACGGCCAGAACAUUCCUUUCAAGACCACCAACCGUGUCGGUCUUGCUUUCAAGAUGGUCUCCUUUUUGGGUCUUGGUUUCGCCGCUCCUUUCUUGGGUAAGUUCUCUGCGAUAAUUAUAACGGAUUGGGUGGGGACGUAGAACAGAAUUGGAGAUAACUGAUUUUAACUUUCUCUCGCUAUGGUGGUUUAUAUAUCGAUGAUUAGGCGCUGCCUGGCAAUUCCACAAGGCUGGCUAAACAGUAUCUCUCUCUCUCCUUUACAUCAUUUUCACUCCAUUUUAUAGAAAAAGGACGAUUCUUUUUUGUUAAAAUUGCCCAAUAAACCAUCAUAGAGUCUUAUAGACUUGCUUUUUCGUCAACUCGAGUCUGUAUACACCAU